AUGCAAACCUCAUCUGGUACUUUUUACUCAAUUUUUUGAACUUUGGUAUUCCUUUAUUAUGAGUUUGACUUUAUACGUUUUCAUUGAGGUUUUCAACAUAUUUUUUCAAGGUUUUAAUGUUUUUUAAUUUUUUGAUCAAUAUAUUCGUCUGUUUUGUACCUAAAAUUACCUUGUUUUAGCGUCGGACGAGAAGAAGAAGGAGGAGAAAACUAGAACCAAAUCGUAAGUUAUGUUAUUUUUUAAAAUUUAUAAUUUUGUUUUUGACAAAUUACAUCAUUCUUUAUUGCCAUACGAAUCCUUACGAUGAUGUUAUAGUGAAAAAUCGGAGAAAGACAAGAAAUCGCGAUCAAACAGCAAGGAAGAGAAGUCGAAGAAGAACAACAACUCCAAAGAAGGCUCCAAGAAGUCAGUGAAGUCGACGAAGGAGAUAAAGACACCUGACGAGGACAAGUUCGACAAGUUGGUGAAGGAGUCCGAGAAGGAGAAGAAGAAGGAAAAGUCCAAAAGCGAUAAGAGCAAGGUAAUUUACGAUGUUCUACAUGCUUUUUGACCAAAAUAUAUUUUUUAAGUACUCGUUUGGGUAAGAAAACGUUUUUUUAUAAACAUACGUUUACAAUUUUAUUUCUUUAUUUUUCAAUUUUAAAACAAUAUUUUAAACCUUUACCUUCUAAAAUGAUGUUCUGAUACCCAUACGUUAAGUCGGCGAAAAAGAGCCCGGCUGGUGGAAGGUCGAACGACGAAAAGAGUAAUGAGAAGAAAGAUACCACGGCUUCCAAGAACACCAUGUCCAAAGGUACCAUUUCCAAAGACACGGCCUCCAAAGACUGUACCAAAGAAGCAGGACAACCUCCAACCAUGUCGCAGUCUGCACAGCCACAAGAAGUACCAGGCGAGAACUUCCAGAUUCACGCGGAGAAAGGAGGCUACCUUCUGGAGCUACCCAUAUUCUCCAUGAUUCUCUGCAUUCUCGAGUUUGUAAGUUUACUAUCACUGACAUUUCUAUUUAAAAUCUUGUUUACAGUACUUUUAUCAACAUAGGAUAACUUAUUUGUAUUUUUUUCUACCUCUUCAGGUCUUGUACAUCGCUGUGUUUGUCAUCAUGAUCCUGGCAUCAGAUGGUCAUGUGCCUAGUGUUGGUAUGUUCAUCAUCAACUCGAUACUGCUGACUGUGCUGGUGGCGAUAACAUUGAUGUUACAAUGGCGUCGACUGCAUGUUCAACAAGAUACAGACCUCAACGGGCAUCUCGACUUCAAAGUGAAGCCGCUCUAUCGAAGAAUUGUAAGGCCUUUCGUUUACCAUCAGCUGAAUAUCGUACCUGUUGGAUAUGCUAGUAUAAGUGCUUGUUUUCAGUACGCUCUGAGUCACUUUGCCCGUCUGUGGAUCUGCCUGGCGACAGUCAUUAUCCUAGUGUACUUUUUGGCCUGCGGCGACGAGAAGACGGGCGUGAACAAGAUCGGUUUCUGUUCCCAGUCCAUAGGUUACGUCAUCUUGGCUCUGGCUGCCUGUAUAGUCGCGAUUGUCCUCGUCAUCGUCCACAUUUACUUUUUCUUCAGAAACAGAAUGGCAAUUUCCAAUUGUGGUACAUGA